AUGAGCGGCAGAGGAGGAGGAGGAGUAAAUAACAAUAAUGGAAAGGGUAAUACUGGAAUAUCAGGGAUACCAGCAGCGUCAAGGAAGAUGGUACAAAGCUUGAAGGAGAUUGUUAACUGUCCGGAACCUGAGAUCUAUGCUAUGCUUAAAGAGUGUAACAUGGAUCCUAACGAGGCUGUUAAUCGCCUCCUCUCUCAAGAUCCUUUCCAUGAGGUGAAGAGCAAGCGAGAAAAGAAAAAGGAGAAUAAGGAUUCUACAGAUUCCAGGUCCCGUGGUGCUAAUAACAUGUCAAAUCGUGGUGGUAGAGGCGGUGCAGACCGUUAUGGGCGCAGUGGCCCUGGUAGGCCUGCCUAUUUCAGCUCUAAUGAAUCCAGCACUUUGCACGGCAAACCUGCAUACAAGAAGGAAAAUGGAGUAAAUGCCUAUGCUGGUCCCUCUCCUUAUGCAUCUGAUAUCAUGGGAAACAAUAUUAGUUGGCAACCUCCAUUGCACAGCGAUUCUGUGGCCACAGAAAAUAAAAUGUCUACCAUAGGUGCUGGUGAUGGAGUUUCUUCGUCAUCACAGCCUUCUUCUGGGUAUCAAUCUGCCUGGUUGGGGGUUCCAGGUCAGGUAUCAAUGGCUGACAUUGUAAAAAUGGGCAGGCCACAAAAUAAGGCAUCUGCAAUGCCACCUCACCAAAGUGUUAAUCAUCAUCAUGCUACAGAUCCUCCUUUGGCAGCAUCACACAAUGAUUUUCAUUCAUCAGAAAAUCAUGCUUCCAAGGUGGUGGAAAUAAAUGCAGAACCAGAAAUUGCUGCAAACCAGCAUGUCGAUGAAUGGCCAUCAAUUGAGCAGCCAACAGCUGCCAGCGCAUCCUCUAUUCGUGAGGUUCCUGCAGAUUCUGAGUUGUAUGGAGAUUUAUCUGACUUGCCUUUGGAUAGAGUUAGUCACGUCAAGUCCCAGUUAGAUGAUGUUCAAUCAGCAGAGGAUGCUCAUGUUGAAACUUUUGAUGGAAACCAUGCUGGACCUGCUUCUGCAUCCACAAGAACUAUACAGGAGGAUGGUUCUGGAGGUUCAUCGAUUUUUGAUAAUAAUAUGUAUGGUAACAUAAAUUCCUACCAGUCUCACAGACAUGCUUUUGAGAAUAACGAAGCUGAAGAUGGUGCUGCAUCAGUGGCCGCCAACUUACAGCAGCUAAGUUUGCAGGAUGAUGACCAGGGAGUGCAGCCUGAAGAGGAGAAUCCUUCUGUAAUAAUUCCAAAUCACCUGCAAGUUCAUGCUCAAGAAUGCUCACACCUAAGCUUUGGGAGUUUUGGAUCUGGCCUGAAUUCUGCUUUUUCUGGGCAGUAUGUAUCAAUGCCCAUGAAUAAUAGCUUGGAGGAGGCAUCUGAAGUUGUAGAUGCUUCAUCAACCGGACAUUCAGACACUAGAAAUCCUGAAUUUUAUGCCGAUGAGCAGCUCAGAAAUACAGUAGAUGAAAGUUUAGUACAUAGAACUGGUGUGAGUGCUGCAAAUUACGAUACUCCUUCAGUUCCACAGGUAGAGACUUUGAAGGAGGAGACAACUGAAGCUGCUCAAGGGAAUCAAUAUGCAUUCCCUUCAUCUACACCUGGUUAUAGUUAUGAAAACUCUCAACAGUUGAAUGCUGCAUUUAAUAAUCCACAGACAAGCACUCAGAUGCAGAAUAUUGCUCCUUUCUCAAGUGUAAUGCAGGGAUAUACAAAUUCUUUGCCCAACGCUUUGUUGGCUUCAACUGUUCAGACUGGGAGGGAGACUGACCUUCCAUACUCACCCUUCCCUGUUACACAAUCACUUCCCACAAAAUACAGCAAUGCAGCUUCUUCUAUCGGUGGUCCAGGCAUUUCCAUGUCUGAGGCUUUGAGAGCAGGUGGUGUUUCUACACCUCAGCCAACUCCUCAGACGCAUCCUGGUGCCAAUGUUGCCACAGGACCUGCUCUUCCACAACAUGUUGCUGUGCAUCCUUAUUCACAACAUACCCUUCCUUUGGGACAUUUUGCCAACAUGAUCAGCUAUCCUUUCUUGGCUCAGAGCUACACGUAUAUGCCGUCGGCCUUUCAGCAGACUUUUGCUGGUAAUAACACGUAUCCUCAGUCGCUGGCAGCAGUGCUUCCACAAUACAAGAACAGCGUUUCUGUAAGCAGCUUGCCUCAGUCUGCUGCUGUCCCUUCUGGGUAUGGGUUUGGGAGUUCAACCAGCAUUCCUGCAGGAAACUUUCCUCUGAAUGCACCUACUGCCCCAGCUGGCACAACAAUAGGCUAUGAUGAUGUUUUAAGUUCUCAAUACAAGGAUGCCAACCACUUGAUCUCACUUCAGCAGAAUGAGAAUUCAGCCAUGUGGAUGCAUGGGCCUGGUUCGCGAACAAUGUCUGCUGUCCCUGGCAGUACAUAUUACAGCUUCCAGGGGCAGAAUCAGCAACCUGGUGGAUUCCGUCAAGGUCAGCAACCGUCCCAGCAUUUUGGGGCUCUUGGGUACCCAAAUUAUUAUCAUUCGCAAACGGGGAUGUCAUUGGAACAUCAGCAGCAAAACACAAGGGAUGGUUCCCUGGGUGGGUCUCAAGGCCAACCCUCAAAGCAGGCACAACAGCUAUGGCAAAACAGCUACUAA